AUGCAGAAAACUGCAGCAUUCUUCGUCAUGCUCUUCCUCGUCUCGUCGUACAUGGUAACAGUGACGGUUGGGGAUAUAUGUCAAACAGACAGAGAUUGUGUGGAGAUUGGGAUUCCAAGAUGUAAGAACACAGGGAAGAUGCCAAUUUGCUAUAACGGAUAUUGUAGCUGCUUCGCUAAAAGGCCUCCUUCUUCUACCACUCUUCACUCUGAUCCUUCUCCAACUCUUAAUUAA